AUGGUCAACUCCUGCUGUGGCUCUGUCUGCUCUGAGGAGAGCUGUGGCCAAGGCUGCUGCCAGCCCAGCUGCUGCCGCCCAAGCUGCUGUGUGUCCAGCUGCUGCAGGCCCAGCUGCUGUGUACCUUCCUGCUGCCGCCCCAGCUGCUGCAUUUCUAGCUGCUGCAGACCUUCCUGCUGCCGCCCCAGCUGCUGCCAGCCCAGCUGCUGUGUGUCCAGCUGCUGCAGACCCCAGUGCUGCCAGUCUGUGUGCUGCCAGCCCACCUGCUGCCGCCCCAGCUGCUGCCGCCCCAGCUGCUGCAUCUCCAGCUGCUGCCAGCCCUCCUGUGGUAGUUCUAGCUGCUGUGGCUCCAGCUGCUGCCAGCCCUGCUGCCGGCCCUGCUGCCGCCCCUGCUGCUGCCUGCGCCCAGUCUGUGGUCAGGUCUGCUGCCAGACCACUUGCUACCGCCCGACCUGUGUGAUCUCCACCUGCCCCCGCCCCAUGUGCUGCGCCACCCCUUGCUGCUGA